AUGAGUCGCUUGAACGUGGACACCACCGUCGGAGGAAAUCACCAGAGGUAUUCGUUCAUGGAAACACCACUGGAAAUGCACCCAUCACCCCACCAACGGGAUCUAGUAUCGCCUCCGCCAGUGGACCAGAGUGCGCCCCAGCAUCCUACGGUGGAAGAGACUCCGAAAGAGCGACAACGAGCAUGGUCAUAUGCACCGAGUGAGAAAGAGCAACUGCAGCAUCAGGGAAUAAUCCCGGAUUAUACAAAUUGCCCGCCUCUAGAGCAGCACCCGGCCAAUUAUGCGCCUUUGGUUCAAAACCAACAGCAGCAGCAACUACAGCAACAGCAACAACUACAGCAGCAACAACAACUGCAGCAACAACUACAACUGCAGCAACAACAACAACAACUACAACUACAACUACAGCAACAACAUAACCCUUCAAUGUCUUCUCAGACGUACGCAGUUGCGCCCGAGCACCAGCAGCAUGUCGCUCAGGCUUAUGCACAGUCCUAUACCAGCCAGUCAUAUACAAACAUAGCCGAACAACAAAGUCGCACGAUGUCUCCUCAGUCCUACGCAACUCAGUCAUAUACAAAUAUACCAGAGCAACAGCAGAACCAAUGGCACCAACAAAUUGGUAUGACCAUCUCUCCUCAGUAUGCGAACGUACCCGAGCAACAACAGUACAACGCCCUGAUGUCUCCCCACUCAUAUGCGAGUCAUCCGUAUGCGACAGAGUCAUACACCCACAUCCAGGAACAACAUCGCGGCAUCGAAAUCCCAACCCAGCAAUAUGCCUCGUAUACUGAACCUCCCAGCUCACCACCUCCGAGCUCACCAGGGCCAUUGCCCCUGAAGGUAAACCCCGAAGCUCCAUCACGAAGCGAAACCAUGCCCAUUGUUCCGGACGAGAAUCCCCUACAGUCACCCAAGUCACCCUAUUUCCCUCCACCCACCAGAGUAACAACAUUGCACGCUCCCCAGCCAGAUGACUUGAGCGCAUACCACCAUCCCGGCCAAACCACCCAUCCAAAUCAGGAGGUAAAGGGUGGAGGAUGGAGCAACGGAUUGUGCGAGUUUUCGAAUUUCGGCGUCUGCUGUCUGGGACUGUUAUUUCCGUGCAUUUUGUACGGGAGAACACAGCACCGCCUUUCGAUGAAAUCAAGAAAGGAAGACCCGACCAACAUGCUCGGCUAUGAGACAUGCAACGGGUCGUGCACGGGAAUGGGACUGCUAUGCGGAUGUCAAUGGUUACUAGCCACUGUUCAACACACCAGAACGAGAAAGGCAUAUGGCAUCCAGGGUAGUAUCGCGUCAGACUGCGUGCGGGCAACCUGCUGUACAUGCUGCACAUUGAUUCAGGAUGAGAAGGAAAUCCAGAAGCGCGAGGAGUACCGCUCUCGCGCGGCUAGGGAACGGAGUGCGACUCUGCUCUCGCCGUAUACGACUCCCGGGCCAAUGUCAUAUGGCCCGCCACCGAGGUAA